CCACACUUCCAUUGGCUGUUUAAACACUAGAUCACUUGAAAUCUCUUUAAGAUCUGAUUCCAUGGGAUUACUCCUCGUGGUGUCUCAGUAAAGCAGGGGAAAGCAGAUCCCGAUCACUGACAAAGGAAAACAGGCAAAGCAGAGAGCGGCGGGAGCUGGACGGAAGUGAAGUCGAAGCGCAGAGCCGGUCGGGAAGACUGAGAGACGAUGGCUGCCUGGUUACUCAGCUCCAUACUGCUUCUGUUUGGACUGCACACUGCCCUGGGCACCAAACCUGCCUGUAGGAUUCGGAUCACAUCACCGGGACUCCGACUGCUCCAAUCAGAAGCGCUGAUAUUUGUUGCCGAAGAGCUGGAAAAUAUCUCCAUCGCAGAUUUUGUUGGGAAGGAAGGGCUGAUACAAUACUCGAUCAGUGGAGUGCGAAUCACUGACCUGGACCUCUCGACUGCCUCUCUGUCCUUCCGUCCUGGGGAGGGUCUACAAUUCGAAGUGAAGAACUCAUCGAUCAGUGUCAACUUCCAGAGGGACAUGCUGUACUGGCUGGUUCAGGACGUUGGUCAGAUUAAUGCCUCUGCUGAAGGAGCCAAUAUCUGGACGGUGUUAAAUCUGACCAAAAGCAAAGAAGGGCAGCUGAGGAUCAGCAAGCUCUCCUGCACAGCUUCAAUUGCGAGAAUGCACGCUCAGUUUACUGGAAGUUUCAGGGGAUUUUAUGAAUUAAUCUCCAGUCUCCUCAUGACAGGUUUGCGAUUCCUGAUAAACAAGCAGAUUUGCCCGGCCUUAGAACAUUCAGCACUAGUGCUGCUAAACUCUCUGCUGGCGACAGUCCCAGUGCGAAUGCCAGUGGAUUCAUACGUAGGGAUCGAUUAUUCAUUCCUCAGUGACCCAGAUGUGAAAGCUGAUUGGAUGGACAUGGAAUUCAAGGGGAUGUUCUACCCUCUGGGGAAUGAGAAUGACACACUGGUGAACAAUGCGAUUGUGCCUCUGGUGAAGAGGACUCAGCGGAUGGUGUACAUCUCUGUAUCUGAGUACUUCUUUGAUUCUGCCAUGUACUCCUAUUAUAAAGCUGGCGUACUGAAGACUGACAUUCCUGAGAGCAAGAUGUCCGUGGACCUUGCUUACUUGCUCAGAACCACAUUCUUUGGAGCGAUCAUCCUGCUGGCCCCAACAUCAUCAGCUAAGGAAGCACCUCUUCUCUUGGACUUGGAAGUAACAUCAGCUCCUCACUGCACCAUCAAACCGUCAGGGAUCACUGUCAGUGUUAAUGCCCUCAUGAAUGUCAUUCUCCUUCCACCAAACUCGAAACCGGUCAUGCUCUCCAGCAUAGUCAUGGAAUCAACACUGAAUGCCAAGGUGACUCUGAAGGGCAAAAAACUUGGAAUGAAAUUGGACCUCAAAAGAUUCAGAAUGUAUUCAUCAAAGUCCACUCUGGAGUCACUGGCACUGAUUCCUCUCCAAACUCCAAUCAAGGCUCUGGUGCACUUUACUGUCAUGCCAAUUAUCAAUGAACGGACUCAGGAAGGAGUGCAGAUCCCUCUCCCAGAAGGAAUUGACCUGAUCAAUGAGACAAUGAGAAACCAUAUGGGCUUUCUGUCAAUUGGAGCAGACUUACAUUUUUACAAAGGCCUGAGAGAGGUUAUUAAUAUGAAUAAACCGAUACUCUCUUCAAACAACUCAACUGUCAGCAACUAGGAUCCACACUGGGAAGAAUUGAGACGUCCAUGUAGCGUACAAAGACCCUCAGCUGUAUUACUACUUAAGCAUUAUUCCUGUAUUUUAUUAACCUAGCACUGGCCUGUAGACCUGUUCACUUUGUUUUAACAAGUGUUGGGGAUGAUUACCCGUUGCCUUGGACAAGUGUAGAGACAAACAGCUCAAGCUUUUAUUGCACACUGGACGAGAGAUGGUAAUCCAAGUGUAAGCUAUUGAUUAUUUAUUAUUAUUAUUAUCUGCUGGUGGGGUUUCAUCUUUGUAAAUCAGUAGGCUGCUGUCAUUUAACACUAUGCCACACCUUAUAAUCAUAACACCAUCUCCAAACCCCAGACUCACCCUCAGGUACAGUACACACAGGGUAAAAGGUCACAAUUCAUAUUUAGGUGAUAGUCUAGGGUUCCUACACCAACAUUACAUCACUAUGCCAACAUAGCUAACGUAUUAUGAUGGGGUCAGCCAAGAACCACGCUACAGCCCUUAUCAAGCAUAAAAUCAACCUUGUAACUCUCAGGGUUAAAUACAUUACAUUAAAAUUCACAUCAAAAGCCUCUAAGAACACUCACUGUGCAAAUGAUGCAAAAGAUGACUUUUUGUCUCCUAGGUAAUGCACAUUGUCAUUCUCAGAUGCAUGUUCAAUGGUACAAUAUCAUAUUGAAUACUGGAUAUUACAGACAGCUAAAAAUGAGUUGACUUAUUAGAACAGUGACCUCCCAAAACAGGUAUACAUGCAAUGAAUGGACCUGAUUUCUGAUGUGUGGGCCUGAAGACAUUGCUCCAUUCACAGUCUAUUGUUAAUGGAGUCAUAACUUGGUGAGCAAUACUUAUUGGAAGCUCUGCCUCAUGAAAUCCCUGAGCCACUCUAUAGAAGGAUAUCUUUCUCUGGAAGCUUUCAUUUUGGGAAGAAGAUGGCAUGAACCUUGAUAGGCAACUCUUGUGUUAAACAUCACCGGUGUGGAUCUCAAUCAUGAAUAGAGUCCUGAAGUUCCACAGUGAAUCCUAGUCUCCUGCAAUAGCUCCAGGAAUCGGGGAAAACGCUCUCCUGCCUAAUUACUGGGGCACACUGAGCAAUGUGUCACAUGUCAAAGUGCAAUUUCCCUUAGUCAAUGGGAAGAGGCAAGAACCAAGCAGAACUUUGUUCAGAUAAUAUGCUUCCCCUUGUUCAUUUUUGGCCUUUUUAUUUAUUUCAACUUUAUUUCUUUCCUGCAUUUUUUUUAACUUUUCAAUGUGAAGGAUGUCUAGACAAUGAAAUCAUUCCCAUUUCGGAGACCCACAUCAGCUCCAGCCACUGUGUGUAAUUGUUCCAGUUCCCACAACAAGCAUCAUUUGCCAUCUCUCUGAGUGAGAUUAAGCCAAUUUAAGCACCACAAUCAGGGUUAACCCUGCUCAAACUUGUAAAAUGUAGGACACACAAACAGCCAGUAUAUCGAAUUGGAGUCACAAAGAUCAAAGACCAUCUUUAGCCCUUGCUUGACUGGGGAAGUGGUAUGCAGUGAUGUUAUAUUGAUGUGUUGUAUAUUCUAUGUAAUGGGUACUUAUAUAGUUAGAAUAUUCCAUGUUCUUAAUAAUUCUGGUAAUACCACACUAAUAGAUAAUUCUGUAAUGUUUCUGUAUAAGUUAUUCCAAGUACUAGUCAUAUGGAAAGCCAUUCUAUGUGUAUUCAAUGUAGCAGUAAACCAUUUAGUAUUUCAAUGUGUAUUAAUUGCAUAUAGUGGUGUAACUUACCCCUGUAUAUUCACACACUUGUGUAUUCCUU